UUUAUGGAAUGGAAAAAGAGGAAGUGGCUGAGAAAUCUUUUUGCGCUGAUUUUGAUGAUGAGGAAGAGUCGGAAGAACUGGAAAUUAAUCUCGCCUCAUCAUCGUUAGCAAAGAAAGGCAAUAUUUCGAAAGAAACAACUUUUUCUGAACUUGGUCUAAGCAAAUGGCUUUGUAAUCAGGUACGACAUCUUGCCAUGAAUACUCCGACACCAGUACAAGUAAAUUGUAUACCUCAUAUUCUUGCUGGUAGUGAUGUGUUGGGUUGUGCCAAGACUGGUACGGGCAAAACGCUAGCAUUUGGUCUUCCGAUCUUACACGAGUUAGCAAUUGAUCCCUACGGUAUCUGUGCAUUGGUAUUAACUCCAACUCGAGAACUUGCAAUACAAAUUGGUGAUCAGUUUGCGGCACUUGGUACGCCAAUUGGCCUUAAAAUCGGUAUCGUAGUAGGUGGAAAAGAUCGUGUUGCCCAAGGCAAUGAUUUAGCUAGACGGCCUCAUAUUGUUGUCGCAACACCUGGACGGUUAGCUGAUCAUCUGGAAAGUGACUCUGAAAAUACUGGCAAGCUUUUCAAAAAACUACGAUUUCUAGUGCUUGAUGAAGCCGAUCGUCUUCUAGAUGGACAGUAUUCUAUAGAACUAAAAACUAUCUUGAAUUUUCUACCAAAACAGCGACAAACGUUGUUAUUUAGUGCUACAAUUACAUCGGCACUAAGUCAACUACACCAGGUAUCCGUCAAAAAACCAUACUUUUUCGAAGAUAAAAGCGAAAUUGCUACGGUUGAUAAACUGGAGCAAAAAUACGUGCUUUGUCCAUGUGCUGUAAAAGAUGCUUAUUUAGUAUACGUUGUAAAGAAUUUUCAUGAGAAACAUCCGGAUAGCUUAAUUCUGAUAUUUUCACAUACAUGCCGAGAAUGUCAAGCGUUGGCAAUUAUGUUCCAUGGACUGGGUUUCCAGGUCGGAUCAUUGCAUUCUCAAAUAAGCCAACAGGAAAGAACAUCCUCUUUAACCAAAUUCCGAUCUGGUCGUAUAAAAAUUCUGAUAUGCACAGAUGUUGCGUCACGUGGACUUGACAUACCUCACGUCGAUUUAGUUAUCAAUCACAACGUGCCACAAAAUCCCAAAACUUAUAUACAUCGAGUUGGUCGUUCAGCUCGAGCCGGAAGAUUUGGUUGUGCACUUCUGUUUGUCACUCAAUAUGAUAUAUUUUUGGUUCAGGAAAUUGAAAAAGUAAUUGGGAAAAAAUUGGAUAAACUCAUUGUCAAUGACAAAAAGGUAACGCAGUACGUAACACAAGUGCUAGUAACGAAACGCGAAGCGGAAAUUAAAUUGGAUCAACAAAAUUUUGGUGAAAGAAAAAUAAUAAAUAAGCGAAAAGAAAUGCUAAUCGCUGGAUUGGAUCCUGAUGAGGUUGAAAAAACCCUGAAAAUGCAGCGUGAACAAAGGAAACAGACAGGGAAAAAGAGACGCAAACAAUUGAAGAAAAUAAUCGAUAAAGAAAAAUUGAAAAAAGAGAGAAAAAAAAUCAAAUCCACAAGAUAACUAUUCGGGUG